UGUUUUUUUUUUCUUUUCGGCUUUCUCUCUUCGCCUUUGCUCCCUCCCCGAGAUUUUCCGAUCGUGCUUUCCUCAAAAGCAUUUCUGUUUCUCGUCGUCGGAGCCCGGCGAGAGAUCUCUGAAUCGCUGGAGGAAACAAAAUGAUCGAGUUUGGCCUCUCUCUGUGAAGGGUAUAUAUAUCCUCUGGCUGUAUCCACCUUACAUUCUGCCAGGAAGAUCGUAAGCAUCGAAGGGCCUUGGGCUCUGGCUGAAGCAUCAGAACAGAUUAAAUGGGUCGCCUAAAGUUGCAUUCUGGAAUUAAGUCCAUUGAGGAAGAGCCUGAGGAUUUUGAGAGUACUGAGUCAAGCAAUACAACCACUUUAGCAUGCAUGAUUGAUACGGAAAUUGCUGCUGUUUUAGCGGUCAUGAGAAGAAAUGUAAGAUGGGGAGGUCGAUACAUGUCUGGUGAUGAUCAACUAGAACACUCGUUGAUUCAGUCACUUAAAGCUCUUAGAAAACAGGUGUUCUCUUGGAACCAGCCAUGGCAUACGAUUAGUCCCAUGUUGUAUCUUCAGCCCUUUCUUGAUGUGAUACGGUCGGAUGAAACUGGCGCACCAAUAACCAGCAUUGCUUUGUCAUCAGUUUACAAGAUCUUAAAUCUGAAUGUAAUCGAUCAAAAUACUGCAAAUAUUGAAGACGCAAUGCACUUGGUGGUUGAUUCUGUGACAAGCUGCCGAUUUGAGGUGACAGAUCCUGCAUCAGAAGAGGUUGUUCUAAUGAAGAUACUGCAGGUUCUUCUGGCAUGCAUGAAAAAUAAAGCAUCAGUUAUGCUAAGCAAUCAGCAUGUAUGCACUGUCGUCAAUACUUGUUUUCGUGUUGUCCACCAAGCAGGAAUGAAAGGUGAGUUAUUGCAACGUGUAGCUCGCCACACCAUGCAUGAAUUAGUAAGGUGUAUCUUCGCCCAUCUCCCAGAUGUUGACAGAACAGAAAAUACACUAGUCAACAGAGCUGGAAGCAUCAAACAAGAGAAAGCUGGAGUAGACAACGAUUAUGCCAUUGUGAGUAAACCAGUCGAGGAUGGAAAUGGUAAUUCCGAGUAUGACAAUGAAAAUUCUGUGGCAACUUUUGCAUCUGGUGCUCAAAGUUUGAUGGAUGAUGGACCAGUUGGGCCUGGGAGCAGAAAGGCGGCUUCUCCAUAUGAUUUGCAUAUAAUGACAGAGCCAUACGGAGUUCCAAGUAUGGUGGAAAUAUUUCACUUUUUAUGCUCUUUGCUAAAUGUGGUUGAACAUGUUGGGAUGGGCUCCCGAUCAAACACCAUAGCAUUUGAUGAAGAUGUGCCUCUGUUUGCGUUGAAUUUGAUAAACUCAGCCAUUGAACUUGGUGGAUCGUCAAUUCGCCAUCACCCAAGACUGUUAAGCUUAAUUCAAGAUGAGUUAUUUCGUAACUUGAUGCAAUUCGGCUUGUCAAUGAGCCCCCUUAUUCUUUCGAUGGUUUGCAGCAUUGUGCUCAAUUUGUAUCAACAUCUACGUACCGAACUCAAAUUGCAGCUUGAGGCAUUCUUUUCCUGUGUGAUUCUAAGGCUUGCUCAAGGAAAAUAUGGGCCCUCGUAUCAGCAGCAAGAGGUUGCUAUGGAGGCUCUUGUGAACUUCUGUAGGCAGAAGAGUUUUAUGGUGGAGAUGUAUGCCAAUCUUGAUUGUGAUAUAACUUGCAGCAACGUCUUUGAAGAGCUGUCUAAUCUUCUAUCGAAGAGCACAUUUCCUGUGAACUGUCCUUUAUCCGCAAUGCACAUUCUUGCUCUGGAUGGUCUAAUUGCUGUUAUUCAGGGAAUGGCUGAAAGGAUAAGUAAUGGAUUAACUGGUUUGGACUUAGGCCCUGUCCAUCUUGAUGAGUACACACCUUUCUGGAUGGUUAAG